AUGUCCUCUAAGAACAAAACAGACUGGACAAAUUCUGAAAUUAACACAAAAUACUUGAUCAGGAAUGAAAAACUUUUGCAAAAUAAGAGAAUUUGUUCAGAAACCUCAUUGAUAAAAGGUGAAAAAAAUAGAAUGACUUUUUCACCCAGUAAAGAUUUCUGCAAGCAGUAUGCAGAUAAAGACUGUCUAUACAUCCAAAAAGAUAUUUCACCUGCAACUCCUAAUAUACAGAAAACUAGAAACACCAUAAAUACUUAUGUAGUAACUAAACAGAAGCCUCACAGAAACAUCACAGGUGCAAAUACAAAGAGCAGUUUAGUGUGUCUAACACAAGACCAAUUGCAACAGAUUUUGAUGACUGUAAACCAAGGAAAUAGAUCUAUUUCCCUGACUGAGAAUGGAAAGGAGGAGGAAACUGGUCAGUAUAAUCUACAUUUAAACAGUAUUCCUGAUCAGCCAAAGAAAGAGAACAUUAUGGGAUGA